UUGCUUUGCUUCACAUUUGAUUUUGAAUUCAUUUUUAGUGUCACUCCCUUAAAAUGUCCAGCCUGUUCUUUAUGAGUUAAGUUUGUGUCAUUGACUUUAAAAUGUUUUUUUUUUUGUUUGUUUUGUUUUUGUUUUAUGCGAGUCUUUGCCUGAUAUUCCCUUUACAUUCACAGUAAAUCCCUUAUCACUUUUCCACUUUCACUUUUCCAUCAUCCGAUUGAGAAUACAAUUCGGUUUAAUUAAUUCCAUCGCAGAGUAUAGGCCAUAUUAUGUAAAAGUAAACUCCAAAAAUGUUACAUAACAGUUUCAUGUCUUGUUGGAUACAGACAAUAAGCUAAGAACUAAAUAUUGAAAAAAUGGCAAAGGCCAUUUACACCUUUACAUUGUUUCCUCUGCAACUAGCAUCUAUUGUUAACUAGGCAGAUCCUAUAGUGGAACGUCCUGUGUUUCCGAAAUGAACUAAAACGUGCGGGCGCCUGACGUUGAACAACCUUUCACCUUCAAUGAAAGAAGAGAAGGGGGAGUGGAAGAAUAGUGUUGAGGGUGUUGAUGCCCGGCUGUAACAACAGAGUAUCAGCCAUAUACACGAAGCGAUGGCCGCAGCUGCUGGGGCCCGAAAAUCACGGGCUUGUAUCUUGUAGAUGUUUGUAGUAUUAUUGCAUCGAAGUGGCAAUGGCUCAAUGAGGAGGACCAAUUUCGCUUAAGGCGCUGUCGGUAACGUUAGGUAGGCUUACUACCUGGAGGGGCUAGCAUCUCAGGAACAGACUGUCCCGUGAACUGUUAUUUUUGAUGGUUCGUUAGCAUAACCAUUAGCUAGCUAGCUUUCUACAGCGUUAGCAGGCUUGGAGCGUAGUGGAAUCGCAGAUUGUGUAGGCGUCUCAAACAAGAAAAGUAAAGGGACAGCGCAGUUAGGCGUUUUCAUAUUUGAGUUAGUGAAGGGCUAUUAUAUACCAUUAUUUUUGCAUGGUGAUGUGUUGGUUUCUUGUGCAAGCUUAAGCUCGCUGUCUGGCAUAACUGUUUGGUUGGAAGCUUUAUGUAUUGGUAGCCAUGUAUGAACGUAGAUAGCUAGCAGUACUAGCUGGUUGUUUAACGUCAACGCUAGUGAUUACAAAGGAGCAGCUAGGAAGACCGCUGACUGGGGAUUCAAUGUCUUUGUCUCUGCCUUCACUUUGACAAGAAUGCCUGAUGGAAUUUACCUCCCAGUCUAUGAAAAUGAAAGUUUAGAAAGAUAGCACAGCAGCUCAAUUUAACUAAUUAUCAUUGCCAAUGUGUUGACAAACGUAGCUUAGUGUUCAGUCAUUUAGGCUAGGUAGCUAGUAUAUAGCCAGCGAGUUUCUCUUUGUUGUGUACUCAGCACUCUUGCGUGCUGGAGCUUGUCCCCAACAGACUAGCAUACCGUUGAUUUUUCUGUCCUUUUAAUGUAGUGCAGCUUUUCAACAGUUAUUUGCUUGCAAACCAAACAGAUUGUUAAUGUGAUAGUCUAAAUUUUAUGGCGAGGGCAUCAGCUACAAAGUAGCUACAAACACAUUUCAGUUCACAUAUGUUAGCUAUUAUGGCCAACACUCUGGGCUCAAAUAAGAUCUUUUCAUGGAUAUUACUACUCCCUCUCAUCUGUAUCAUUUUCAUCGGAAGCUCGGUUUGCUCCCAGCAAAAUGAAAAUAUCUACGUAUCAGGGAUUUCAAGUGCUUGUGGCGAUGUGGCCGAGCUGAUCAGAGCCUCCAGCGGGGUCAUCACCAGUCCCGGCUGGCCGUUUGAGUACCCCUCCCGUGUCAACUGCAGCUGGAACAUCAGGGCCAACCCCGGCGAGAUCAUCACCAUCAGUUUUCAGGACUUUGAGAUCCAGAGUUCCCACCGCUGCGGAAUGGACUGGAUUUCCAUCGGCGCCUACAAGAACCUGGAUGGUUUCCGGGCCUGCGGCUCGUCCAUCCCGGCGCCGUACAUCUCCUCUCAGGACCAUGUGUGGAUCAAGUUCCACUCGGACGACAGUCUGACCGGGAAGGGCUUCAGGCUGUCUUACAUAACAGGGAAGUCGGAGGAGCUGGUGUGUGAGCCCGACCAGUUCCACUGUGCCAACGGCAAGUGCCUGCCCGAGGUGUGGAAGUGCAAUGGCAUGGACGAGUGCGGCGACAACUCGGACGAGGAGCUGUGUGCGCCUCCUAACCCCUCGGCGCUCUUCUCCUUCCAGCCGUGCGCCUACAACCAGUUCCCCUGCCUGUCCCGUUACACCCGCGUCUACACCUGCCUGCCCGAGUCGCUCAAGUGCGACGGCAGCAUCGACUGCCAGGACCUGGGCGACGAGAUCGACUGCGACGUGCCGGCGUGCGGCGAACGGCUACGCACCUUCUACGGCACGUUCAACUCGCCCAACUACCCCGACUUCUACCCGCCUGGCAGCAACUGCACCUGGCUCAUCGACACAGGCGACCGGCGCAAGGUGGUGCUGCGCUUCGUGGACUUCAAGCUGGACGGCACGGGCUACGGCGACUACGUCAAGGUCUACGACGGCCUGGAGGAGAACCCACGGCGGCUGCUGCGCGUGCUGACCGCGUUCGACGCCCGCGCCCCGCUGUCCGUGGUGUCCUCGACGGGCCAGCUGCGCAUACACUUCUACGCAGACAAAGUCAACGCGGCGCGCGGUUUUAAUGUCACCUACCAGGUGGACGGCUUCUGUCUGCCCUGGGAGAUCCCAUGCGGGGGCAACUGGGGCUGUUACACGGAGGCGCAGCGCUGCGACGGCUACUGGCACUGCCCCAACGGACGUGACGAGCUCAACUGCAGCACGUGCCAGGAGGACGAGUUCCCGUGUUCGCGCAACGGCGCCUGCUACCCACGCUCCGACCGCUGCAACUACCAGAACCGCUGCCCCAACGGCUCGGACGAGAAGAACUGCUUCUUCUGCCAGCCGGGGAAUUUCCACUGCAAGAACAACCGCUGCGUGUUCGAGAGCUGGGUGUGCGACGCGCAGGACGACUGCGGCGACGGCAGCGACGAGGACAGCUGCCCCGUGGUGGUGCCCACGCGCGUCAUCACCGCCGCCGUCAUCGGCAGCCUCAUCUGCGGCCUGCUGCUGGUCAUCGCGCUGGGCUGCACCUGCAAGCUCUACUCGUUGCGCAUGUUCGAGCGCAGGUCUUUUGAGACUCAGCUCUCCAGAGUGGAAGCGGAGCUGCUGAGGAGGGAGGCUCCGCCCUCCUACGGUCAGCUCAUCGCUCAGGGUCUUAUCCCCCCAGUGGAGGACUUUCCUGUCUGCUCUGGCAACCAGGCCUCUGUCCUGGAGAACCUGCGAUUGGCUGUGCGCUCCCAGCUUGGCUUCACCUCUAUCCGCCUGCCGACAUCCGGCCGCCACCGCAACAUCUGGCGCCGGCUCUUUAACUUCACGCGCUCGCGCCGCUCUGGUUCCCUGGCGCUUGUCUCAGCCGAGACGGACGAUGGCUCUGGAGCCGGGACCGGCAGCGGCGGUGGGAGCGCGUCCCGGGAACCGGAGCGCCUGCUGGGCUCCCACAGGGGUCUGCUGCCCCUCGACUCGGACGACACCGACACAGAGAGCGAGCACCCGCCCCAGCGCCGGGACACGGUUGGAGCGGUGGGCGGAGGAGGGGGAAGCAGCCCAGCGGCCCCCCUGCCUCAGAAAACCCCACCCACCACCGCCGUGGAGGCUAUCGUAUCCGUGACGACUAGCCUGCCCCAGCUGACUGGUCGGGAAGGCAGCCUGGUCGAGAGUUUAUCGGAGAGCGCUGGAGCGACAACGACCACAACGACGGCGCUACCCCAGCGUUCAGUAUCAACAACCUCCAGCAGCAGCAGUAGCAGCGGCGGCAGCAGUCCGGGCAGUAGGAGCCAGCUCAGCAGCGCCCUCAGCAGGAUGACCCGAAGCCUGCGCUGGGUCCGAUUCUCCCUCACGCGUUCCUCCGGUGGCGGCGGGUGCUCUGGCCGGGGCGGGUCGGGGGGCGCCGGGCCCAACCACAGCCCCUUGAGGCAGCUGGAGCACGGCAGCUCUGGCGGCGGUGGGUUGGUGACGGGCGGCGGCAGUGGCACGCGGGAGGAUGAGGACGAUGUGGAGCUGCUCAUCCCUGUCGUUGACGUGCCCUCUGUGGCCGUCGUCGACGACAGCGACUGCUCCAGGCCCCUGCUGGAGGGCUUGUCCGGCCCCUCAGAGCUAGUCAGCGUGGGCCCCCUCCUGGCCUCGUCCCCCACCCUGGCCUCUGCUGUGCUCCGGGGCCGGCUGGCAGGCAGGGACGGGUCCUGUGAACACUGCGGCAUGGUGCACACCGCCCGCAUCCCCGACGCCUGCCUGGAGGCCACUGCCAAGACGGAGACCAGCGAUGACGAGGCCCUGCUGCUGUGCUGAAAGUACAGCUUAUCUGAACUUGGCAGGCUGGCUGACUGACUGACUGACUGACUGUCCCACACAGUUGUCUCCCCAACCCCACCCCCAAUCCACAGCUUCAUUCUCUUUCUCUUUCUCUCUCUCUCUCUCUCUCUCUCUCUCUCUCUCUCUCUCUCUGUCCCCCUGUCCCAACGCCUGGGGUAGGCAUUGUCAGUGGGCUCUCUGGUCAAAGAAUCUCCGAGCACCCAGUGAUUUGACAAAGCUAUAGGAAAGUUAAGACGAAACUUAAGGAUAUUAAAUGUCUUUUUGGAACUUUGGUACGAUAUGGAUGGUACAAUACCCAUACUCAGUGACUGUCUUAUCCCCAAAUUAUUUCUGCUAGCCCUGAACCCUACAAGCCACUGUGCAAUUUUUGAGUGUAUUUGAGUAUUUUCUGUGGAGUGGAGAAUGCAAGCUUACAUGAGGAGUUUGAAGCUUAGGUGCUGAAAGGCAGGCUCAGACCUUCCUAAGUUGGUCGGUACAUAUGAUAAGGGGUAAGACUAUGUUGCUCUUACAACUUUUGUCCUUAACACUGUUUGCAGAGAUUUCAGCCAAAACGACUCAAGUCGGUACUAAUAGGUCAAGUUGAGCCUGGGAGAAAUGUCUGUCGUCUUUUUUUUCUUUCUCCUGUUUUAAAUUAUUUAACAUUUCAUUAUAACUGUAUGUAAAGGUAAGGGUUUUUAUUUCAUGGCAAGUGAUGGCAGAAGUGUGGGGGGAAACUGCACUGUGCGACCUUGGCCUCUCGGUGCUACCGAGCCGUGUUCACCCAUUUCAGUGUUGGGGAGGUCGUCUCACAGUCCUGAAGAGCAGACAGCCCUUCCUCGCGCAGUACCACAGGGCGUGAAGCAAUUUCUACAAGGCAAAAAGUGAAUUUGAGAAAAAAACGUUUCUAAGGACUUAACUUGGUUCCCAAAUGGCCACUGAUGUCCGUUGUAUUUAUUGUUUUUUUUUUUUUUUUUUGUUACUAUUUGGUAACCUCAAUGUUUUGGUACUGAGGACAAAUGUGUGAGUGUGUGUGUAUAUUUAUUAUUCUUAUUAAUUUUAAUUUCAGUAGCGGUUACUUGAGAAGCAUGUUUUAACUGUCUUGUGCUUUUUUUGUUAAGUGAUAUGGUGUUGAUAAAAUAUGAAUAAAUAUAAAUAAAUAAAUAUAUAUACGUAACUGUUUACUGCACUAAGGAAAUAAAAACAGCAUUCAUCAAUCAGG